AUGAAUUCGGACAGUAAUGAAAAAUUUAUCAUAAUGACAAAGCAAUUCUUUCUUUUUGUUCUUGUACUCUUGAUCACAACUCCUUAUACUUUGGCUAUACCAUACGAUAGACGUAGUUUCCUGAAGAACCAAGGACCAACAAUAUACUAUGAAGAUCCAAUUGAAAAAAUUACGUCAGCUGAAGCAGCACAAGUAAAUCAACUUGAAAUCACUGCCCUAAACGCCGACGAAGCAGCCGCGAGCGCUGAUAAUGAAGCAUUCACAGCUUUCAUUACAAGACGCAAAUUUAUUCCAGAAUGA